AUGACCGACGGCGUUCCAUGCAUUCCUCCUGUGCAACCGCCUUUCGAUCCAGUUCACGCUGCCAACGCCACAGCUCCUCAAAUUGUCGAAGCUAACCGUCAGAACGACAAACGUCAAAAGCUUUUCGACCUUUACCACAACGCCAUUAAAGCGUUUCGCAAUCAACUCCUUGAAGCCAUUCCCAUCGAAUACAUCGAAUCUCUCGGUCAUCCUAUACGAGGCUUUAGCAAAGUCUCUCCCCUAGAAAUCCUCUCUCAUCUCUGGGAAACUUUUGGUAAAAUUCAGGCUUCGGAUUUCAUUGCUAACAACGAACGCAUGAAAGCCGCCUGGCAUCCACCAACGCCUAUUCAGCAGCAGCUUGAAAAAGGUAAUCAGUUUAUCAUUGCGUCUGGCCAAGUCUUGGACGAACGCAUCAUCGCUCGCAUUGGCUACCAGAUCAUCGAAAAAACCGGGCUCUUUGAUCUUGCUUCUCGCAACUGGCGUUAUAAAGAUGAAGACGAUAAAACUUUGGCAAAUUUCAAAAAACAUUUCCAGAAGGCCAACAAGGAUCUCGCCCUCACCGCCACCAGCAGCUCUGCGGGUUAUCACACCGCAAAUCAGAGUACUGUCACCAAGGGCAAAUUGUAUUGCUGGACACACGGCAUUGUUCACAACACGAAGCACACUAGUGCGACAUGUGAAAAACAGGCUACGGGGCACAAAACCGGCGCUACCUUGCACGACAAACAAGGCGGGUCGACCAAGACCUAUCAAUACACGCCACCGUCUUCAGUUGCACCAAACACUCCUCCGUUAGCUUCCUCCCCGCCAUUUUUUCCUCCCGACGCCAUUGCAGACACUGGCUGUACCGGGCAUUUUUUGAGCACCAACAUUGCUCACAUACACUGCCAACCGACAGUCCCCGGCAUCAACGUGGUCCUCCCUGAUGGUCGCACAAUCACUUCGAGUCACAUCACCGAACUCAACAUUCCCUCGCUUCCUCCGGCAGCUCGUACCGCCCAUAUCUUUCCUGGUCUCUCGAAUGGAUCCCUCAUUUCCAUCGGCCAACUUUGUGACCACAGCUGUACCGCCACCUUCACAUCCGACGCAGUCAGCAUUGAGCUCAAUAACACUGUUGUUCUCCGCGGCGGCCGUUCUCCUUGCACCCGCUUGUGGACCCUAGACUCCCCUGUAACGCCAAAUCCGCCCGCCACUGAAUUGCAUGCGCCUUUGAACAACAAAAAUUUUGCGAAUCACCUCGGAGACCACUCAGGGACCCUUGCCGACCGCAUUGCCUUUGUUCAUGCAUCCUUAUUCUCGCCACAACUUUCGACAUGGUGCAAGGCCAUUGACAAAGGCCGCCUCACAACCUUUCUGGACAUCACGUCUGCACAGGUAAAACGGCACCCCCCACAAUCAGUCCCUAUGGUCAAGGGACACCUUGACAAGCAACGGUCCAACCUGCGCUCAACCAAGCCCAAGGUCACCCUGUCUGCCUCUGUUGAUCCUGAUGAUAUCAAUUUCGACACCAAUUCCGUCUCACCGGAAAAUUUUCUUACUGACCCUACCGGCCGUUUUGUUACCACUUCAAGCUCCGACAAUGCAUACAUGCUAGUGGCUUAUGACUACAACAGCAAUUUUAUUCAUGUUGAAGCCAUGAAAAAUCGCACCGGUCCCGAGAUCUUGAGCGCCUACAAGCGUGCCCACGCCAUGCUGUCCUCUAAAGGUUUGCGCCCUCAACUCCAACGCUUAGACAACAAAGCCUUGACUGCGUUACAACAAUUCAUGUCCUCUGUUGACAUUGAUUUUCAAUUAGCUCCCCCUCACGUGCACCGUCGGAACGCCGCCGAACGGGCAAUCCGCACGUUCAAAAACCACUUCAUUGCAGGUUUGUGCAGCACAGACAAGAACUUUCCGCUUCACCUUUGGGAUUGCUUACUCCCACAAGCCAUCAUGACUCUCAACCUUCUUCGAGGGUCUCGUAUCAAUCCAAAUCUGUCAUCUUGGGUCCAACUCCACGGCUCGUUCGACUACAAUUGUACCCCUUUGGCUCCCCCGGGCAUCCGCGUACUUGUACACGAAAAACCGUCAAUUCGCAGAACUUGGGCCCCCCACGCAGCCGACAGUUGGUACGUUGGCCCCGCCAUGAACCAUUACCGAUGCUAUCGCGUCUGGAUCAAAGAGACCACCAGCAAACGCAUUUCGGACACUCUGACAUGGUUUCCCAGCGAAGUAAAAAUGCCCCGCACCUCGUCUCGCGACACAAUUGUCGCAGCUGCUCACAAUCUUGCCCAUGCUCUGGCACAUCCCUCUCCCGCGUCACCCUUGUCGCCUCUUUCGGUCCAAGAACACGAAGCCCUAUCGCAACUGUCAGAUAUUUUUUCGAAAGCCGCUAAUCCAGUUGACUCGUCCCUCCCCGCCACUCCAGCGACAACCCUAAGUCCGCCAGCUGCACCCACCUCCUCACCGCGUCAAGUCCACUUCCGAGACCCGGUCAAUGAAUCACUUCCGAGGGUGCCAACCACCACAGCCGCCCCUCCGCAGUCACUUCCGAGGGUGCCUCCCCCGGACUCCGAGGCCUAG